CACCAGCACACACAGACCAGGCCUGUAAACUACCCCCUGGGAACCUGCGUGUCAGCAGCCCGGAGCCCAAAGCCUGCCCUGAAGCCUGCACAAUCAACCCUGACUGAAGCGGAGGGACGAAGUGCAAUCCAUCCAGGGCGCAACAGAGUUUUGAGAGGCAUUAAUGUUAAUGCCUUGGCGUCCACCAAGGGACCACUGGGACUGAUUCGCUUGGCAAACUUGUGGCCAGCCAAAAACUGCCAUGCUUCACAUCCCGGUUGUGCUUGGUUAUCGCCCAAGAUUGGCUUCCAUAAGAGAUGAGAUGUGGUCUGAGGGACGAUAUGACUACGAACGUCUUCCAAGAGAACGAGCACCGCCUCGGAGCCAUGCCAGUGAUGGCUACCAUAGAGUAGUUAAUGUUGUGCCAAAGAGACCACCUCUGCUAGACAAGAGACCGCCUCUGCUAGACAAGAGACCGCCUCUGCUAGCCAGACCUGAUGAAGGAGGCUACAAUAGAUAUUACAGUCAUGUUGAUUACCGAGACUAUGACGAGGGCCGCAGUUUUUCUCAUGAUCGAAGAAGUGGCCCACCUCACAGAGGAGAUGAUUCUGGCUACAGAUGGACAAGAGAUGAUCAUUCCACAAGCCGACAGCCUGAAUACAGGGACAUGAGAGAUGGCUUUAGAAGAAAAAGUUUCUACUCUUCCCAUUAUUCAAGAGAACGGUCUCCCCAUAAAAGGGACGCUCCUUUUUGCAGAGAGUCACCUGUAGGCCGGAAGGACUCCCCACACAGCAGAUCUGGCUCCAGUCUCAGCAGUAGAAGCUACUCUCCAGAACGAAGCAGGACACACUCCUUCCAUCAGUCGCAGCACAGAAAGUCCGCGCAUGUUGGUGCUUCCUACAAACGACAGAAUGAAGCAAAUCCAGGAAGAGGUAAAGAGAGGUCCAUCCAGUCUUUGAAAACAUCAAGAGAUACUUCACCCUCAAGUUCUUCAGCAGUUUCUUCAUCCAAGGUGUUAGACAAACCUAGCCAGCUAACUGAGAAGGAACUUGCUGAGGCUGCAAGCAAGUGGGCUAAUGAAAAGCCGGAGAAGGCAGAUGAAAAUAACUUGACUGAGAUUUCCGAGUUUGAGACGGGAUCCAUGGCACCCUUAUUUAUCGACCAGACAGAAGAACCCGAGUCAAACACAACAGAUGGCACAGAAUUGUAUGAAGACAGCCAGAUUAGCAGUCGUUCUAAAGCCAUUGCAUCAAAAACCAAAGAAAUUGAGCAGGUUUACCGACAAGACUGUGAAACUUUCGGGAUGGUGGUGAAAAUGCUGAUUGAAAAAGACCCUUCAUUAGAAAAAUCUAUACAGUUUGCAUUGAGACAGAAUUUACAUGAAAUAGGUGAGCGAUGUGUUGAAGAACUCAAACAUUUCAUUACUGAGUAUGAUAAUUCUACUCAAGAUUUUGGAGACUCUUUUUAAAGAAUUAGUGCCCAGGUCAAACAAGUUUUUUUAAAGCUUCUAGAUGUUUUCUCCUUGGAUUGUUUAAAUCUUUACUAUUUUGUGAUGAAGAGAAAUACUUUAUGAUAGCUGACCACAUUUCUAGUAUCAAAUAAACAUGUACAAUAGCUUUUAAAGUAUCUCAGUUAGAAUGGUUUCCCUGUGUGUAGAAUAUUCUCAUCGAUCUUCAUACACCUCCUCCCUCCCCAAAAUAAUGUUCAAUUAAUUUUUUAGCGUUUGAAAAAAGCAGUUCUGGAGAGCAGUUUUCUGUACUUAAUUCAUGUUCGAUAGUCUUCCAUGGUGUGUUGGUCUCGGGAGUAUAAUUUCUAGAUAGAGAUCAUUCCAGGUUGCAUAUCAUGGCACUGUUAGCAUUUUUUGUUGAGUUUGACUUGCUGCUGCUUUUCUUCAAUUUGGACCUUUUGGUGACAUCAAAAUAUGCUAUGUUAAUGAAUUAGAACUUUGCUAUCUUACGAUAUUUACUUUGAGACUCAUUCUUAUUUAGCAUAAGAAAGAAGCACUUAAAUUUCUAGAGGACACAUUAGAACAAAAUCUUCUUCUCAAGUCGGCGAACUUCCUGCACUUCUCCUAUGAGGUGAAAGUCCUGACUGCUCUCUCUGAACAACAUUAUAGAUAAAGACUGAUAGGAGGGGUAAUCUGAGAUGCAUUUGAAGUUGAUUUCUCAGAAACACUUCUGGUGACUCCACUGAAAAAUUAGACUAUUUAAGAACCUGGAGUUUUGGAGGCAGAGGCAGGCGGAUCUCUGUGAGUUCGAGGCCAGCCUGGUCUACAAAGUGAGUUCCAGGACAGCCUCCAAAGCCACAGAGAAACCCUGUCUCAAAAAACCAAAAAAAAAAAAAAAAGAACCUGGAGUUAUGUUUAGGUCCGUUCUUUAUCAAAGAAGAACCUGAUAAGGAGCUCGUGCUUUCGAUUAAACAACAGAUUUCUCUGCUAGUUUCCAUGAUCUCAAUUCUGUAGACUUAGAGAAUCUCCCUCUUCAAAAGUGUUAUCGUAGACAUGAGGCAGAAAACAGCGAGGCCAGCACAGCUCCUCCCCUCACCGUGGGAGCGAGCCAGUGAGUAAGUGAAGAGACAAUUACUGCAUCCCACUCAUUUCCUGGGCCAUUCCGGCAUAGCACUGAGCCAAAACACAUAACUUGUGAUGUUAGGUACCUUUAAAAAAAAUCAUGAUUUUAAUUCCUGUCCUAGUUCAUUAUCUACUUUUGGGGGGGGUCAGGAUUUUAUAGUGUGGCCCUAGCUAGCCUGAAUAUCUCCGUAUAGACCAGCAUUAAGCACAUGUGCCACCAUACUCGGUUUCCUUUUUUUCCCCCCCAUUUUCAUUCAUUUCUGCUUUUUUACCUUUUAGUUUGAGAUAGGGUGUCACUGUGUAUCCUGGGCUGGCUUCAGACUUUCCUGCCUUGGCCUCUAACUUUGGUUUUCCUGCCUGUCUUUCCUGAUUGCUCGGCUUGCAGCUGUGAGCCACCAUGCUUGCCAUUACUUUCGGUGGCCUCCACUGAUGCUGUCCUCACAGAUACCCCAAAGUACAUACAGAUUAUAUUUAAUGUAGAAAUAGCAGUAUGAGUAAUUUUAAUGAGCCCUAUAAUGGAUGUGUGAAGAUAUAUAUUAUGCCACUUUGAAAAUUAAAAUCUAAUUGAGGACGUUUAUUUUUUUUCACAUUUCUUAAGUGAGAACACUUGGAGCUGUUUUUGGCGUUGAUAUUCUAUACAUACCUUUUAUAGACAUAUGCCUCCUCAGUGGAAGCAAUAACUGAACUGCUGGUUCCUUGGGAAAGACGGGAAGUACUGAUGCUACUUUUCUUUUUCCCUCCCACUAGUCUCCAGCUCCUUUAAUCAAGUUGUCAACAUGCACAACUAUUAAGUUUGAGAAGCUGCCAAGGCAAAUGAAUUGUUCAUUUGGUAGAAAUUCAUUAAAAACAGAAUCUUACUAUUAGUACUAUUUAAAUCUAGGUCCAACCAAUAAUCUCCUUCCCUCAAAUUACAUUCAGCAUUUGAAGCUAUUUCUAGCUUGCCAUCAGCGUUAUUCUGUAGACUUGUCAAUGUUAAAUGUUUUGUUUAUUUUUGUUUUUUUAAAUAAGUUUUAAAGUCUUAGGUAGAUAAAUUCAUAUGUGUACUAGAAUAUGUAUUUUGUAAAAUGUUUUUGAUUAGAGAGAUGUUUGUAAAUUAUCCGUUGUUUUUGAGUAUGCCUAAUUCAUGUCUUACUUGAUCAGCCUUGAUGAUCAACAUGGGGGAGGCAGAUACUGUAAAGGUUUUGUGAACUUUAAAAAUGCAAAAUAAAGCAACCAAUGCUAAAUAA